GUCCGGAGACAUGUCCAGAAGUGUCAAAAAAAUAAAAUGAUCUGACGUUUCGUUAUCAGCGCGGGCAUGUGUGUUUUGUGAGCAGAUGGAGGGGGCGUGUCUCACAGGGAGUUCUGUCUCGUGUGAUUGUGCGGCUGAACAGUUUGUUUUUAUUUAUCAAGCGUAGAUUAACGAGAAGGGAUAAACAAUUGGGGUGAAUAGUCAUGAUAUCCGAGAGGGAUUAUGCACCGCUGAGUGCAGCUUGUGUCAGAUCUCUGAAUGAUAAGAUGUAUGAGAAGAGAAAACCAGCUGCUGUGGAAAUUGAGAAGAUGGUCAAAGAAUUUUCAGCGAGAAACAACACUCCCCAGAUAAAAAAGCUUCUGAAGGUUCUGGGGCAGGACUUCGCGACCUCUCAUAAUUCUCACACGAGGAAGGGUGGACUGAUAGGAUUGGCCGCGAUAGCCGUUGGCCUGGGAAAGGACACUGGACAGUACACCGAGGAGCUAAUCCACCCCAUUCUGGCGUGCUUCUCAGAUCCCGAUGUUCAUGUACGUUAUUACGCCUGCGAGAGUCUGUACAAUGUCGUGAAGAUAGCCAGAGGCGCUGUUCUGCCACUUUUCACGGAUAUCUUUGGGGCUUUGAGUAAACUCGCUUGUGAUCCUGAACAGAGUGUCAAGAAUGCAACCGAGUUGUUGGACAGAUUGAUGAAGGACAUCGUGACAGAAAGCGGAAUGUUCGACCUAGUGGGCUUCAUGCCUCUCCUCCGCGAGCAGAUCUACACAAAGAACCCCUUCGGCCGCCAGUUCGUGAUAUCCUGGGUGUCGGUCCUGGACGCAGUGCCGGACAUGGAUUUCGUGGUGAUCCUCCCCGAGAUCCUGGACGGCCUCUACAAAAUCCUGGAGGACCCAACCCCGGAGAUAAAACGAAUAACCGACACAGUCCUGGGGGAGUUCCUUCGGAGCAUAAAGGCCAACCCAUUGAGAAUAGACUUCGCAGGAAUGAUAAACAUCCUGAUAACCCACGCCCAGAGCACAGACGACCUGCUGCAGCUGACAGCCAUCACCUGGAUCAAAGAGUUCGUGAAUCUCUCUGGGCCGACGAUGCUGCCUUACACCUCUGGAAUAUUAACAGCCAUUCUUCCCUGCCUAGCCUACGACGGGGACAACAGGAAGAGCAUAAAGGACACUGCGACGCAGGUCAACAGUUCCCUGAUGAAGCUGAUCACCAGUAAGGAAACGAUUCCAUCGAAAGCCAACAUCAUUCCCGAGGAACAAGAGACAGAACAGAUGGAGAGCCCCAAAAACGCCCAAGACCAAAGCCCAAAGGACCAGAACAAUCAGGACCGAGUGAUCCUGGUGGAGACCCUGGACCUCGUAUCAGUCGUAGAAGUCCUCACGAAACACUUGAUGCACACAUCAGUCCAGACCAAAGUGGCCGUUCUAAAGUGGAUUCACCUACUCUUCCUGAACAUUCCCCACAAAAUGUACAACCACAUCGAGGAAUUAUUCACAGUAUUAAUGAGAAUUCUGGGGGAUACAUCCGACGAUGUUGUUCAGCAAACGCUCGUUGUCCUGGCCGAGAUAAUCGGAUCGAAUUCGGAUUACACUGGUAGUGAGCACGAUAAAGAAUUCAGUAAAGAAUCUCUCGGCACCAGUGGGGAUUAUGGCUCUGGCUCAGUUGGCAAUAAAUACUUUACGAAGUUCAUUGUUAAUCUGCUGAGGCUAUUCUCCCAGAAUCGACAUUUGUUGGAGGAGAGGGGGGCUUUUAUCAUCAGGGAGCUGUGUAUUUUGCUGAGUGCUGAGCAGAUCUAUAAAACACUUGCUGAGAUUCUCCUGGAGGAGCAGAACUUGCGGUUCGCUUGCAUAAUGAUUCAGUCGCUGAACGUCAUACUGCUGACUAGUUCAGAGCUGUUUGAUCUCAGGAACAAGUUGAAGAACCUGAAGUCUGAGGAGAGUCGAGGGCUUUUUGUCUGUUUGUACGAGUCAUGGUGUCACAAUCCAGUGGCGACUGUUGCUCUCUGCUUGCUUGGGCAGAAUUACUCACACGCCUGUGAUCUCGUCAGGUCUUUUGCCAAUAUCGAAGUUACUGUUGAGUUUCUCACGGAAAUUGAUAAGCUCGUGCAGCUCAUUGAGUCGCCGAUUUUCGCGUAUUUGAGACUGGAACUGCUGGAGCGGGAGAGAAAUGAGGAUCUCGUUCGAACGCUGUAUGGGCUACUCAUGAUCCUGCCCCAGAGCGAUGCGUUUGGAACGCUACAUCGGAGACUAGCCGCCAUUCCUCCAGCUAGUAUAUCUGCUGGAGGUGACGGCAAGGACAGGGGAGGGAGGAAUGGGGGCAACGGUGAAAUUGAUUUUGGAAGGCUUCUGCGGCACUUCGAGAGUGUUCAGGAGAAGCACAAGGAGCUGAAACAUCGGCACAGGCUGAAUUUACUUGUUGAGAGGGAUGUUUCUGAGGGGACGUGAGACGAGGGUCAUGAGUUUGUGAUUGUGGAGGGAAGAAACACUGGUUUUGAACCAUUUUGCUUCGCUUGAGGCUUGAAACAGCGAGGAGGGGUGGAGAUGAUUGGUGUUUUGGAUUGGCCAAAAGAAUUAUGUAUAAAAAUACCAAAUAUACUUAACCCUUGAGUGGUCGCACUAUGGGGGAAUCGCAGCUUUUGUCGAUUUUUUUUUCUCACGUGAAAAACUCGUAAAUGAAAAAUUUAUGAAAAUUUGUGUUUCUAUUCUCAAAUAAACCGAGCGCAUUGACAAUUUUUUUUGGUCCAUACUUGCACCAAUCAGUUAUCAGAAUCUUCUGAACACUCGACUCGCAAAAAAUUCCAGUGUUUACACUCGAAAGAUCAACAUUUUGUAUCUAAUGAAAUUAAAUUCAGUAGUGAAAUGGUAAAGGGGUUUAAGUCGACUCAUCUCCCAGUUGAGUUUUUGAG